CGUGAUCCGCGCCGGAAACCUUCUUCUAGUCACCCCCGCAAGCGCCUCGCGCUAGUUUCAGCCGGUUUCCAAUCGGAAAUAGGUCCCAGCUCGCCCACCGCCCAGGAUUCGCAAGCUACGAGCCUUCGAGUUUCGGGGCUCAGUUUGGACUUUCACAGUCAGAGAUGGAGGCAAAGCCGGAAUCCACACAAGCUCCCGAGUCUUGGUCCUCUCAUCCAGUUUAUGCAAGGUACUGGCAGCAUUACCAUCAAGCCAUGGCAUGGAUGCGCAGCCACCAGAGUGCCUAUCGGAAGGCGGUGGAAUCAGUCCUCACUUCCCCGUGGUACUACCCAGCCACUGACCUCACCCAGAGCGCUGCCGCCAAGGGUGGCACAAGUCCUCAGUUCUGCUCCAAGUCUCCCUCGGCCUCCGGGGAUGCCUGCCGCAGGCGUUCACGCCCUGGCAAGCCGGGACCACGACGACGCAGCACAGAAAAGCCAGCCAAGUUCGCAGAGGACAACGAGAGCGAGUCCGACGACUGCGGCAUAGUGUGCGACCUGAGCAACAUGGUGAUCACGGAUGAGCUGCGCCAGUACUUCGCGGAGACCGAGCGGCACCGGGAGGAGCUCCGGCGGCAGCAUCAGCUGGACGCAGCGCGCCUGAAAGACUAUGUGAAUGCUGACCACGGCCUGUACUGCGACAAGCGCGGCCGCUCUGCGCUGCCCCCAACUGAGCGGCCUGGAGAACGGCGCCAGGCUGAGAUGCAGCGCCUGUACGGGGCCAGCGCCGCCAAGAUCCAGGCUAUGGAGACGGCCAUGCAGCUCAGCUUUGACAAGCAUUGCGAUCGCAAACAGCCCAAGUACUGGCCCGUCAUCCCGCUCAAGUUCUGAGCCCUGCCCGGGGGGCCCCCUGCCUGCCUCUGCCUCUGGUUGCCUUUCAUGGUUGCCCUCUCCCAUGGCUUUUGUCAGGGAAAGAGGGCUCAAUGCCGACAACUGAGCACAUUCACCCAAGUCCCCUGGGGGCAGUGAUAAGGCCAGCCACCUGGAAGUGGGCAGAACACGUCCUGUUGUGAGAGAGGUUUUCUUUUGACAUAAAAUGAUAAUUUCAUAUCCAUCCCGUUGGUUUUGAAUGUUAAUAAGAGUGACCAGUUCAUUAAAGUUCUUACUUGCAG